AUGUCAUCCACCUCCGAGUCACCCAAGGCAAUCGUCUUUGAUCUCCUCACUGGGCUGCUGAACAGCUGGACCGCGUGGGACCGCGCUGUCGCGACCGCGGUCAAGUCGUCCGAGACUGGUGACGACCAAGAGGCUGGAAAGGCGGGCCCAGGGCUCGAGUGGCGCAAGCACUAUCUCGCGUUGACCUUUGGAACAGGCGCCUAUCGACCUUAUGAAACUCUCCUUCACGAAGCGGCCGCACUCGCCGGUCUCCCCGCGUCCGCAGCCGACGCGCUGCUGGAGAAUUGGGACUCCUGGAUCAAACCGUGGCCUGAGACGCCUACGGUGCUCGCUGCCUUGCGCGCGAGAGGAUACAAGCUCGCCGUGGUGACGAACUGCAGCGUAGCACUUGGGAGACGUGCUGCUGCGCUCUGCGGGGUCGAGUUCGACGCAAUCGUGACGGCCGAGGAGAGCGGCUGGUAUAAGCCUGUUCCAGCGGCUUAUAUGGCGACAUUGGGCAGGCUGGGCGUCGAGGUGCAUGAUGUGUUAUUUGUGGCCGGAAGCGCAGGAGACGUGUCUGGUGCGAAAAGAGCUGGGAUGCGAGUCGUUUGGCACAACCAUGUCGGGCUUUCUCUCGUUGGUGACGCUGUGCCGGACAAGGAGGGAAGAACCUUAAAUGAGACGCUGGAUGGCGUCCUCUAA